UUAUUAUAGGGGAUAAACUAAAUGUCAAACUGCAAAUCAGUCAAUAAAAUUUCAACAAUAGUUUAACUGCAAAAAAAUUCUAUAUAAACUAAAGAACUGCAGAGAGAAAGGUAUCAGUCAGUUCUGGAUAAAACAACUAAAAUCAACAUGUUUAAAUUUGUCGUUGUCUUGGCCUUUGUAGCUCUCGCUUCUGCUCAACACCAUGGCUUCGGUGGUCACUCCGUCUCUCAUGGCUCUGGCGAAGAUGCUCAUGCUGAAAUUAAAUCUUUAGAUUCUGAAGUACUUCCCGAUGGUUUCCAUUAUGCUUACGAGACCACCAACCAUAUUAAGGCUGUCGCCAGUGGUGAUGAACACGGCAAUAUGCGUGGUGAUUUUGAAUGGGUUUCUCCUGAAGGUGAACAUAUUGCUGUUAAAUAUGUUGCUGAUGAAUAUGGUUAUCAACCAAGCAGUGACGUUUUGCCCACUCCCCACCCCAUCCCAGAAGCUAUCUUGAAAUCUUUGGAAUACAUUCGCUCUCAUCCUGCUCACGAAGAACAUCAUGGCAGAUUUUAAAUAAGAGGAUUUCUUCUUAUUUAGAAAAUAUUUAGUUUUCUAUAUUUUCUUUAGUGAAAAUUUUGAGAAAAUUAGUGAUAUUUAAUAAAAAAAUUAUUAAAAA